AUGCUCGAGAUGUGUCAUCACCGUGAGACCAGCCUGAGUGCGGCGAACUGCGCACUGCAGGCACUGCCGCACCUGGACAUUCUGUGGUGCAUGCCAUGGACAUGCGAUUGGGAGCGGCUUGCCGCACCAGGCGCCAUCGGUGUCAGUGACUCUGCACAUAGUGAUCCGACUUUCCCUAGACGGCCUGGCUGGCAUCCCUUCCUUCGCUACCUCAUGCCCGCAAGAGCAACAGCUGGAGCCGCGCGCCGGCAACAGCUCGACACUUGGGGCACCACACAGGCCGAGACCAUCCGAGACCCGAAGGUGCGCAUGAGAUGCAGUCUGAUAUGCAGUCCUUGA